AUGUGUAAGAAGGUUAGUUGGGAGACGGAGACUUUGAUGGGGACAGCACCGCCUGCGUCGCGAUGGGAAAGAUACAUACCACGAGCAGCUAUACCACACGUCGGUCUGUUUGUUGCCCUCAUGCUUUAUACUGCUGGUGGUGGGUUGAGGGGUAGCGACCACCCACAAAAAAAACCCCAGGCCCUUCGCACGCCAUUAAGAUGGGCCCUCGGGAUUCGCCAGGUAUUCUACCGGGCUUAUAUCUCACAUAAAGAGCUCAAUCACGACCUGCCGGGCCUGUACCGACUGGGCUGA